GAUCAUCUGCUGCGCAGCAUGUCUGCAGUUCAUCCGCUGAGCAACGGACUGCCGCCAGCACUUCAACCCAUCGCUUACCGUUGGUUUCCAAGUUGGAGAUUAGUAACCGCCAGUUUAUUGUGUUUGUGCUUUGCUAGUGUACAUAUGAUGAAUAGCAACAUGGGUAUGGCUGUCGUCUGCAUGGUGAAUUCGAGUGAAUAUUUCGACGAGAAUGAAACAAUUCCCAGCACCGAUGCAGCACCGAGACUGAACUGGUCGUCAGAACAAGAGGGUUAUAUUUUCUCGGCAUUCAAUGUCGGGCUACUACUUAUGCUACUAACUGGAUUUGUUGCUGAUAAGUUCAACGCCAAGUAUAUGAUUGUAAUCAGCGUCAGUUUGGCUGUGAUAGCCAACCUUUUGAUAGGAAGAUUCUCGCCGGUAAGUGUCUACUUCGCUGUUGCUGGCCGAUUCCUCGUGGGAUUCGCUGACGCGCUUCUGCAGCCGGCGGUGAAUUCCUUGAUAACGAGGUGGUUUCUCACUUCAGAAAGAAGCUAUGCCCUUGGACUUGCGACUGGAGGAAGGCAAUUGGGAACGCUCAUAAUCAUCCCGGCCGCUGGAGCACUAUGCGCCCAGACAACGCUAUUCGGUGGCUGGCCAGCUAUUUUCUAUCUUUCCGCAAUGGCUGGAGUUUUCUUCGUGAUCAUUUACUCAAUUAUUGGUGCCGAUAAGCCCAGUAAGCAGUCAUGCAUUACAAACUCUGAGCUAAAAUUCAUCAUGUGUUCGAAUGCAAAUGAAGACGUAGGUAUGAAGCGGAUGGAACGAAAGGUGCCAUGGAAACGAAUGCUUAGGUCCGAAGCUGUUUGGGCGACUGUGAUUGCUGUAAUCUGUCAUGAAUUUCCACUUAUGACGAUGAUCAUGUUCUUGCCUAGCUAUUUACAUGACGUUCAUCAUUACACGUCGACGAAGAACGGCAUUCUAUCGGCGUUACCCACUGCUUCGUUGUGGUUAUCAAAGUUGGCUAGCAGUUACGCAAAUACUUGGCUACAACGGCACACUAAAUGGAGGCGAAGCACUAUUUGCAAGGUGUUAAAUUCUGUUGCCUCUUUGGGAUUGGGCGUCUUUCUUUUCUCUGCCACCUUGCUUGACUCGUCACGAGCACCGCUAGCUGUGCUGUUUCUAUGUCUCAGCAUGGCAUCAGCAGGUCUGCAUACACCUGGCUGUCAGACUGCCCUUGUUUCACUGGCUCCGGCCUAUUCCGGAGCAAUCACCGGAGUGGCAUUUUUUUUUGUUGCUUGUUCGGGAAUUGUGAAUCCUAUACUCACCAAAUGGAUUAACGGACUGCCUCAUGAAUGGAACAUGGUGUUCUACAUCUCCACGGUAAUCGCAUUACUACCACUGAUGGUGUUCAACAUCUGGGGGACGGCUGACGUUCAAUGGUGGGCGAAAAGUAAUAAGAAUUCUAUAUCUGCACCAUGUUCCAAGAAGAGCACCUCAGGAUCGACCACAUAA